AUGAGGGACCGUGCUGCACGGCCCGGGAGGUGUGCUUUGAUCCUCCGGGGCCUGCCCGGGUCAGGGAAGAGUGCCGUGGCCCGUUUGAUCCGCGAGGCGGAGAAGGCCGCGGGGACCGACCCCCCGCGCAUACUGUCCCUGGAUGACUACUUCCUGACGGAGGUCGAGGAGGAGGUGGCGGGCGGCAAGGGGCGCAAGAGGCGCAGGGAGGUGACUGGCAUGCAGUACCAGUAUAACCCCGACUUGGAAGGCACGUACCAGCGCAGCCUGAACCGAUCGUUCUGCAAGGCUGCAGUGGAGGCCCGCCACGCUUUCCUCAUCAUGGACGCGCCAAACCUGCGGCUGGCAGACUUCCGGGAGGCCUGGUCAGGGGCGCAGGCUGCGGGGUACGAGGUGUGCGCCAAGCACAGCACCCAUGGGCGCAGCCUGGAGGAGUUGGAGCAGCUGGCGGCGGGGUGGGAGGAGCUGCCGCCCGGCUUCCAGCCCAUCUCGCUCCAGCGCUUCAUGUUUGGCGGCGGGGAGGUCGCUGAGGUGGAGAUGGAGAGCGACGAAGGGCCAGACCAUGCCGCGGCCCGGGGUGAUGCCGGGGCGGGGGCUCGUUGGACGCGUGGCGGCGGCGAGGCCGGACAGAUGCGCGAAUCCGUGGAGGGCGCGGCUGGGGGAACGGUAGCUUCGCCUGAGGCCGGCGUAGGUCUGGAGCCGGCAGCCCAAAAGGCCGCCCCACCUGGCAUCCUGAAAAAGGCAGGGGCGUUGCCGCGGAGGAAUCGCCAUGUGGUCUGGGCGGAUCAUGCGGCGUCCCUACUGGACGAGGACUCUGGGUUUCAGAUGCCCGGGUCGAGACCGCAGUUGGAGCACGUAAGGGUCCUGGAGGGUCUGGGACCGGCGCACGAGGGCGACGUCCUUGGAGCAGGGACGCUGCCGUUUGCCGAGGCUGCAGCACGAGAGCACAGCGUGGAGCGACGAGGCUUCCGUGACAUCCUGCUGGGGCAUGGGUCCAUGGUCGGCUCUGGGUAG